ACUUUUACUGUGAGAUUGAAUACAGAAUAGAAGAAAUUGUGUUGCGUUGUUUUAAUUUACUUUACCUUAAGAAAUUUAUAAUAGGUUUAUCCAGGAUAUGGAUAAGUUUAUUGUACGUAGAUCUAGAAGUCCGCAAGAUAGAAGACCAAGAAAAUCUAAGGAAUCAAAAUUAAAGCAAAUUACCAUCAAAUCACUUCCAGUGAGUACGAAAUGAUAGAUAAAAAUGAUAAAAUUAUUAGUCAUAAAGUUAUCAUUAGCAAAAAAGUUAAUAUGUAGAAAAAUUAAUUUUUCAAGCCAUUGUGUAGGCCUUUGUUUUUUCAUGGACAGCAUGGUAGAGUCAUCAGACCACAGGGAAUAUUAUGCACUAGUCAAUUGAAACCCCGGACCUCCGGGACAAGGCGGGGAAUUAACAGGGGAAUGGCCAUGGAUUAACGCGGUCUUAAUGCACCAUUUCCCCCGGGGUACAGGGUAAAUAACAAGUCAAUUUAUUAGCCAGGACUUUAACGUGCGGCUGAUAUGAAAGUGGACUGGAACGAGUUUAUCCUCGUGGCAACAUGGCGGAAUCUUCAAAAUCAGAGAAUGGUUUCCUCAUAGUUUUUCUUAAAGGUGAUCUACAGUCCGAUCUGCGCAUGUGCACAAAUGAGCCCACUUUUUAUGAUACAAACAGUUUAACUAUGUUUUGAGUUCUUGAAAAGCCUGAUUGUUGUUUCUUGAUCAUUUAUUAUACUCUAGAAGCUUGAAAAUAUAAAUAGUUGUCGAAUAAAGCUCAAUAUUUUGGACACAAAAAUGUAAACAAAGGCUUUGUUUACAUACGGACUGUAGAUCACCUUUAAAAAAAAGGAAUAUAUUUUCACUUUUUAUAUAUUCCUGAUGAUGACUACAAGAUACUCGAAACGUAGAUUAUUCAGUAUCUUUUGAUGCAGAUCAAAGUUUAAGAUCAAGAAUUGCCUUCACAUGUUGUGAACAUUUUAUACCUCAACGAUUUCCCAAGUCAUAAAAAUUUGCAAAGUGCCGGGGCCAUAGGGGCGGUAACUUUAACAGUCAAUAUUUCCCCGGUAGAGGGGAAAUUACCAAACUUUAACAUUGUCAAAAUGUUAAUUUCCCCACCCUAUCCCGGGGGUUGGGGGGCCAGGGUUUCAAUUGACUAGUGCAUUAAAUGGAUUAAUUUAUGCCGUAAAAAUAUACUGUAGAGAUGGCCAAACUGCAAUGUUGGUAGAGAUGGCCAAACUGCAAUGUUGGCAGAUAAUGCCGGUUUAACUACCUCGCAGGCUUCAGGGUGACAUUGGCAGAUUGCAUUUAUUUUCCAUAGAGGGGGGUUGAGGACAUCUUUUUACCAGCUAAAUUGUGACCCCCUGGAAUUCAGUUUAUAUACCCCCUUCGGCCUUCCCUGGAAUUCCCUCUGAGGAAUUCAUUGCCAGAUACCCCUGGAAAAUGGCUUUAAUCACACCACCCCUGGAUUUCUGCUGUAUUUUUCACCCCUCCAUCUGGAUUUCCCAAGGCCUUUUUUAUACCCUCCCCUGGAUUUUCCAGCGUCCUCAACCCCCUGUGUGGAUAAUAAAUACCGGGCGGGAUGACAAUUUUACCAAUAUUUGAUAAUAUUGCAAUAAAUGCCAUAAAAUAAAUGCCAUCAAUUUUAAUUAAAUAUUAAUUGAGAACAUUAAAAUAACUAGCUACAAAACAAUGUAAUGAUACCGUAGAUAUUUUAUAUCUUAUUAGACACAAAAAAUCAAUAAUUAACAAUUAUUUGCCAAAGGCGAGGUGAAUAUCAGGGAAUAUUCGAAGUCCAGUCUUUUGUGUUUUUUUGGGACUCUUUUUCGGUUGCCAUAAUUUCAAGUUAAAUAAUUUAUCUGUACCCCAUGUAUUCCCUGUUAAAAAUGGAAGGCCUUUGCACAGUGUAGUCUGUAUGGUCAUGUGCAAAUUAGUAAUAAAUCAGUAUAUAAACAUUUUGGCCAUAAACAGUCUGGUAGUGUCAUUUAUUUUGUACAUUGCACCAUUAUACAUUUUUGCAGCAGUAUUUGAAAUUAAAGUACUCGGCUCUGCCAUGUACUAAUAAAUAAAUGGUGUUGCGUAUGAUGAUGACAAAAUGCACUAUGUAGCUGUGAUAUCAAUAAACCAAAUAAAUUAAUAAUUAAUAUUCAUCAUUUUAUCCUAGAGAGUAGUUAUUAUAGAAGACAUACUACAUUUGAAGUCAUCAUUAGAAGCCCAUAAGAAUGACACAAGUGAAGAUAAACUGUUGGAAAUUUUAGAAAAACUAAAAUCUAUGAAUCCUUCAACGAAGGUUUUAAGAGACACAAAAAUUGGUCGAUCUGUUAAUAAACUUCGGAAAUCUGAACAUCAAUCUGUUAAGGAAUUAUCAAGACUUAUUGUAAGAAAGUGGAAAAACUUAGUUGUAGAGGAAAAUACUCCGAAGGAGAGAAUUGAUGUGCGAUGUGAUGCAAAGACUGAAAUGUUAAGGUGCAAAGCAAGGAAAUUGAUUUGUGAUGGUUUAAAUAUCAAUGUAAGUUUCUCAUUCAUCCUUUUUAUAUACUGAAACUUUAUUUUUGUUAUAUUUUAGUGUAGCAGAUAGAUUGAUGGAUCUACAGUAGAAUGAUUUAUUUGCUAGACCAGAGGCAAACAUUUAAUUAUGUAUCUGCACUAAUGAGAAUAAAUUAUUCAGAAUAAGACUAAAAAAUCUAAAACAUAUAGUAAAACUGAAUUGAUAUGGUUGUUUGUACUAUAUACAGUGCUGCCAAGAGGGUGUUGGGGCAUUUUCCCUGGGCCUCCAGCUAAGAUUUUUUAGGGCCCCCAAGGUAACGAAGUCACUUACGUUUUAUUGAUACAGGAUUGAUAAACCGAGAAUAUAAAUCCUACUGUAGCUGCAUCAGUAAUAAAGUGUAUUUUAUCAUACUGUACGUAUGUGCAGUAAAACACCCCCUUUCCUAUUUUACAAUUAUGACGUCAUAGGGCCGGCCAUGCCGGGAAUGUUUUGCCCCUGUUCCCAUCCAACCUUUCGGUGACCCUGACAGUAUAUGUUCAAUAUUAAUAUUCACUUUUGAAAUAAGUUGUACUUUUAAUUAUAUCAAGCAAACUAAGCAAACUACUAUUAAAUGCACCGGGUACGCAUUUAUUACGGUACGCAUUUUAUGCGUGGUCAUCACAGAUAUUUGAAAAUGGUUUGCCAUUUUAUCCAAACAAGUGAUUGAAUGCGAAAAAGGGUUUCCAGCAAUUUUUGUAGAAUAAUUGAAUAGGUUAAAUUUCGGGUAAUAUUCUCGUGUUUCGCGCACGGAAAUAUUUCUCUUUUGAUCUUGACGCGAAUCACAACCAUUAAGGGACCGGUCAUUAUUUAUGGCGGGGGGUGGCACCGAAGAGAAAAGGGUUGGGUAAACAAAAUUUUGAGUGAGUAAAAGGUUGGGUUAAUGAAAAACAAAAAACUCAAGGGUUGGGUAAUAAAAAUUUAUUGUCAUUUCAAAAGCAUGACUCACUAAAAUAUUGGAGACUAAAAAGCAAUGUCAACAGUCAUAUGUCAAUACAAUAUGUGAAUCAAUCAGAGUCACUAUCUUGAUGCAUGUCUCCAAAGAAAGAACAUGUGCAGACAACAUAAAACUUUAUACUGCAGAAAAUUUCCCAAUCCGUUAUCAAACUCAUGUCAUAGAAGUGGUAAAAGACACGUGUGACAACUGAAUGAUAUCUUUUUGUAAAGUUUUGGCCAGGGGUGGGUAUUUAUUUUUUAAUUGAUAUUUAAGGUUGGGUAAUCAAUUUUUUUACUUUUUAAUGGUUGGGUCAGCAAAAUUUUUGCCACGAAAAUCUUUUCUCUUCGGUGCCACCCCCCACCAUAAAUAAUGACCGGUCCCUAAACCCUAACCAUAUUGUACACGAAGCAAGGAAGCAUGACGCACAACGCAGCUAUACUGCAAAAUGUUUUACUUCAAUUUUUUCCCAUUCAUUAUUUUCCCACAGUUGCCUGAUCCUUGGACGGAAGCUCUUGAGAAGAGAUUAUUCCAGGAAUGCCGACGGAGAGUUGACAACAGUUACAAGCGAAGUGUGCGAUCUAUAGCUUUUCUCGUAAAAAGUGACAAAACUCUUCAGGAAAGCGUUAAACAGGGAACGGCCACUCCAGAGGAAAUUCUAUCGAAAUGUUUAUGUAGGGAGAGUAAAAAGUGACGUAUUAUUGUCUAUUUUGUAUGAUUCAUAAACAAUAGCACUUUUGUUAUGUGAUGAGCGAUUCAGGUCAGGGAGGUCAACAAAGCAAGUCAUUGUUUUCUUGUUUCAACCUGCGUGGUAGGUGACCACUCCUGAUCGUUUAGUAGAAUUACGGAUACACAAUCACAUUAUGUUGAUCUUUAAUUUAGUAAGAAGAGUAUAAGGAAAGAUCAUCUUUCGAAAAAAUCAGUGUUCAAGAAGAUUACCUUAUACAUGGUAUCAUUUUUUACAACAUCGCGUUUUAAGCUACUGCAUGCAGCUUAUGAUUACAUAAAAUAUUUUCAUGUGAUUGAUUUAUCCUGAUCGCGUGCAUCACUGUUCGGACAAGCACAAGUAGUUAGUUAUAUAGACACCACAUACAUUAUAUAUUAAACCUUAAAUUUGAAACCAUGUUUCAAAGUCACAUUCAGAAUAAACACAAGGAUGCCGCCACUUCUAGAUUACAACAAAGUUCAGAAAACAGUCAAAAUAAUGACUAACGUUUUUCAAAUUCACAAUUAGAAAUCUUCGUCAAGAAAACUAACCUCCAUGCAAUUGCCAAUUGAAAUUGGGCUUAAAGUGAUCACCGUUUAUAGUAUCAAAUCCUAUAUAAGAGGCGAUGGUUUUCAAGUUUCUAUGUUUUACAUGACCUGCAUCAGGUUUGUAUAUUGAUCCCAAAUGGCAAUUUGUAGUAUAUACCUGCAUGUACUGCUGUACUGCACGACAAUAUUGCUUUGUUGAACAUUUUAACUGACAUUAAUAAAUAUAAAUUAUUGUUUAUAAAUAAAGUAACCUUUCUGUAAAAACAAAUGAAAUAUAGUUGUUAAUUUUUAUUUAAUGAUUGCAUAUGCUUCUUAUAUUGAAUAAAGAUAUAUGCUG